AUGUUUUGGAACUGGGGAUUGUUUUUUUCCAUAUUCGCUCUUAUUAGUGCCGCUCAUCAACGGCUUCUUCGAUAUCUGCCAGAGAAGGUAGAUCAAACGUUUGAUCAUCAACAGAUCGAAGUCGCACUUAGUCUUUUUCUCUGUCCAGUAGUGGACCAGAAAAAUGAGGAGAGAAAGAUAAGUUGUAAGAUGCUGUGGUUUUGGCAAUGUCCUACAAUGCUUAUGAGCUAUUCUUGGGUAUUCUUUGUGACUGGCUAUACACUACACUUACUCACUCCUGUUUUUGGUUCGCCUGCCGCUAAUGUUUCGAAAGAGGUUUCUGGUCUUACUGUAUGUGGCUGUGGGCUGGUCGUUCUCAACUUCAUAUUCUGUGGAAGUCUUUGUCAGCGCCGUCUUUCGACGGCGAAGCAAAAGUCUACAACCACUGCCAGCGCUGAUGCACAGGUUUAA